AUGCUAUGGGAGCCGGGGGACCACCUCCUUCAGGAGCUCUGGGUCCCGUCCGCAGCAGAUGCAUCACAGUCACUGGAACAGGCGGAAAUAGCUUCCAACUAUGGAAGAAUUGAAAACCUUAUUAUCAGUUUAGAGGAGAAUUGUGAAAUUAACAACUUCCAGACAAGACUUCUGAGGAAAUUUGGAGAGUUUAAGGAAUUUAAGACUGAGCAUGUUACUUUGUUGCCUCAUGUUUGCAAGAUGAAUACUGCAGCUCUGGACCUCACAAGAAUUUCUAAGCCAAGACAAAAGGGUCUUUCAGCGGUUGUGGGAAGAAAUGUGCCCCAUAAACUAAUUUGGAAACAUGAGAGUCCUGUGUCUAGGAGAGGUGGCUUUGCAAGACGACUUGGGUCUUUGGUGGCGGCAUCCUGCUCAGGUGUGUCGGUACUGAGCCUGUAUGAGAAAGGUGAUGCCAUGAAUGAAGAGACAGGGAAAAUUUUCAAGAAAGAAAAAGAAAUGAAGAAAGGUAUUGCCUUUCCCACCAGCAUUUCAGUAAAUAACUGUGUAUGUCACUUUUCCCCUUUGAAGAGCCACCAGGACUAUAUUCUCAAGGAAGGCGACUUGGUAAAAGUUGACCUUGGGGUCCAUGUGGAUGGCUUCAUCCCUAACGGGUCUCACGCUUUCGUGGUAGAUGUGGCUCAGGGGACCCAAGUAACAGGGCGGAAAGCAGAUGUCAUUAAGGCAGCUCACCUUUGUGCUGAAGCUGCCCUAUGCCUGGUCAAACCUGGAAACUAGAACACACAAGUGACAGAAGCCUGGAACAAGGUCGCCCACUCGUUUAACUGCACACCAAUAGAAGGUAUGUUGUCCCAUCAAUUGAAGCAGCAUGACAUUGAUGGAGAGAAAACCAUUAUCCAGAAUCCCACAGACCAGCAGAAGAAGGACCAUGAAAAAGCUGAAUUGGAGGUACGUGAAGUAUAUGCUGUGGAUGUUCUUGUCAGCUCAGGAGAGGGCAAGGCCAAGGAUGCAGGACAGAGAACCGCCAUUUACAAACAAGACCCUUCUAAACAGUAUGGCCUGAAAAUGAAAACUUCAUGUGCCUUCUUCAGUGAGGUUGAAAGGCGUCUUGACACCAUGCCAUUUACUUUAAGAGCAUUUGAAGAUGAGAAGAAGGCCCGGAUGGGUGUGGUGGAGAGCGCCAAACACGAACUGCUGCAGCCAUUUAAUGUUCUUUAUGAGAAGGAGGGUGAAUUUGUUGCCCAGUUUAAAUUUACAGUCCUGCUCAUGCCCAAUGGCCCCAUGCAAAUAACCAGUGGUCCCUUUGAGCCUGACCUCUACAAGUCUGAGAUGGAGGUCCAGGAUGCAGAGCUAAAGGCCCUCCUCCAGAGUUCUGCAAGUCGGAAAACCCAGAAAAAGAAAAAAAAGAAGGUCUCCAGGACUUCAGAGAAUGCCACCAGUGGGGAAACAUUAGAGGGGAAUGAAGCUGGGGACUGA